AAUUAUCUUACUAUUAUUAGCAUAGCUAGCAAAAUGGAGAGGAGGAGUGCUAGGGUUAAGGUACGUUUUCCGGUAGCCAAGGAUAGUGGUAGUGGGCUCAAGCGGCAGUUUUCCGGCAGCCAGGAUGUGUUCACUCCUGCAAGGCGAGAUCGGAAAGGGCGCCGUUUUGGUUUCGUUCGUAUGUCAAAGGUCUCAGAUGCUAAGGAUUUGGAACAGAAGUUAAAUCAGAUUUGGCUUGGAUCCUAUCGUCUCAAGGUGAAAUUGGCAGAAACCAUAAAAAGAGAGAGGGUGGUGUCAGCGAGGAAUCCAAAUAGGCAAUUUGAGAAAAAAUGGAUUAGAAGAGAGAGUAAGGUGACUUCAGGGAUGACGUACGCUCAGGUGGUUGCUGGCAAUAUGGUUACACCUGAGGAAUGGAUGUCUUCGAAUAAGGAUGUCAAGCAGGAUGAGUUAACAAAAGGGAAGGAACCGGUAGAGGAUGUGGUACUGGAGAAAAUACCAGAAAAGAGUACUGCACCAGUGAUAAGUGCAGGUAGGGUUGAGGAAAGGUAUUCUCCAAAAAUUGAUUUGGUAUUAGAAUUUACUCCUAAAGAUGAGGAAGUGGCAUGGUUGAAACGAAGUAUGGUAGCAAUGGUUCGAUCUUUAGAUAUGGUGAAGAAAAUCCAGAACAGGUUGGAUGUAGAUGGAUUAAUGGUGAAUGUGGCUUUGCUCGAUGGUCACCAUGUCAUUUUGGUUGAUUAUUCAGAAGGAUGCCUUGAGGAGUUUAUCAGUCAUAACAGUGAACUGGCAUGGAGCGAGAGAUGCUUCACAGAAUUAGGUGGAUUAAUUGGAGAGGUGAUAUUAGUUGAUGAGGAUACGAGGAUGCAGGAGGAGGAAUGGAGGAUGGACCCGGAUUGGUGGUUGGCCGGGGAACGGCGGAAUUCGAUGGUAGAAUCUGACUCCGAAAAUUCCGAUGACGGAUUAAGUGAAUCAACUUUUAAUGAAAACGGAUUUCUGGGCGAUGAUGGGGCAGUGUUGGCCGAAGAUGGUGCUGCAACGGAAAGGGAUUCAAAUUUUUUGUUACAAAAAGAAGUAGAUUUAAAUGAGGAAGAUUUGGGUGUGAAUAAGGAAUUAAAUGGGCUGGAGACAUUUGGGCGGAGUGGAGGAAGUUUUAAUGGGCCACAUAAAUGUGGAGAAGUGGAGCAACAAGUUGAAGAUCGAAGUGUUGAAGAUGGGUUCGAAUAUGGGUUGGAGGCUCCUUAUGUGCAGAUAGCCCGACCGGAUAGGACAGAGAAAAAACGCAGAAGCUUGGGAACGAUUUAUGCCAUGGUUAUUGGGAUGGAGGAAGCAAGGAAAGUUGGCACCAGCUGGGUCACGGCCAGGACAAAGGCUCGAAGAAAUAGAAGGGACACAGACCUACAGAUGGGGGAAGUGAGAGAGCUGUUUGUGAUGGGGCAUAAUUUGGGGAUUCGAUGCCAACAAAAUGAUGAAGAGGUGAUAUCUAGGUUGGUGGCUUUAGAGGAAACAAAAUUAGAGGGAGUUGAGGUUUCUCUGUGUAGAAAGUUGUGGUAUUCUAAGGAUUUUGACUGGGUUAUGCAAAAAUCAGUGGGCAAUUCGGGAGGGGAGUGGGGAAAGCAGCGGUUGAAGUGUAACCUUGUUAAUGUGUAUGCUGCAUGUGAUAGGCAGAGGAAGGCUAUGUUAUGGGAGGAGAUGGGUAGACCUGAUGGUUCUUCAAUGAGUAGGUUGGAUAGGGUUUUGUUAUCCACAGAAAUGAGUUUAUUGGAUAGAGAGUGGGUUCAAGUUGGUAUGCGAAGAUCGAUUUCAGAUCAUUGUGCACUGAUUUUGACGUCAAGAAAUAUAGAUUGGGGUCCCAAGCCUUUUCGAGUACUUGACGCAUGGCAACAACACCCUAAUUUCAAAGGUUUUGUGGAGGAUAAAUGGAAGACUUUGCAGAUUGAAGGAUGGGCGGGUUUCAAAUGUAAACAGAAGUUGAAAUUAUUAAAAGAUGAAUGCAAGGGGUGGAAUAGAGGGGUGUUUGGUAAUGUGGAGAUUCAACUGGAUACACUGUUAAAGCAUAUUGGGAGGUUGGAUAAAAAAAGUGAGGCAGAGGAGCUGAGCGAAAAUGAGGUGCUAUUGAGAAAGAAAUGCUUUCAGGAGAUGUGGGACAUUUUCCGAAGGAAAGAAGCUGUGUGGAGGCAAAAAUCAAGGAACAAUUGGGUUCGUUUGGGUGAUGCAAAUACAGCUUUUUUCCACAGAUGUGUGCAGACAAGGAGGGCACAGAAUGCAAUAUCUGGUAUCUUAGGGGAUGAGGGAUGGAUUGAGGAACCCGAGUUAAUUAAGGCAGAGGCAGUUAAAUAUUUUAGUGAGUUAUUUCACAAGGAACAGUGGAGUCGGCCUGUAAUGGGAGGGAUCCAAUUUCGUAAAAUCUCUGCAGCACAAAAGGAGUGGCUAGAACGACCUUUUUCCAUAGAGGAAAUUGAAGAGGGUCUUCGAAGCUGUGAUGGGUCAAAGGCACCAGGCCCAGAUGGAUUCAAUUUCAAUUUUAUAAAGUUUGCUUGGAACACGUUGAAGGAUGAUUUUGUGAACUUUUUGAUGGAAUUCCAUCAACAUGGGAGGUUAGUUAAAGGUCUGAACUCCUCUUUCUUGGCAUUAAUUCCUAAAAAAUUGAAUCCAGUGCAAUUUAAGGAGUAUAGGCCCAUUUGUCUGAUCGGUUGUUUGUAUAAAUUAUUAGCGAAAGUUUUAGCAAAUAGGUUGAAAAGGGUAAUGGCAGAUAUUAUAAGUGAGUCACAAUCAGCUUUUGUUGGGGGUCGUCAGUUGGUGGACAGUGUGUUAGUUUUGAAUGAGGUAGUUGAUGAGGUGAAGAGAAAGAAACAGGAGAGCUUUAUUUUUAAGGCUGAUUUUGAAAAAGCAUAUGAUUGUGUGGAUUGGGACUUUCUUGAUUGGAUGAUGGACAGAAUGGGGUUUGGGGUUAAAUGGAGAAAGUGGAUUCGGGAAUGUCUCUCAACAGCCAGGAUUUCUAUUUUACUAAACGGAAGUCCGACGUCGGAAUUUUCAAUUAGCAAAGGUCUUCGACAAGGUGAUCCUUUGUCCCCUUUUCUGUUUUUAUUAGUAGGUGAAGGGCUGUGUGGGCUGGUGAAAAAAGCAGAAUGUGAAGGGUUGUUGAAAGGUCUGGAAAUUGGGAGGGGUGGUAUGGAGUUGUCAUUGUUACAGUUUGCAGAUGGUACUGUUUUUAUGGGAAAGGCAUGUGCAGGGAAUUUAAAGGUUGUGAAAGCCAUUUUGCACUGGUUUGAACUGAUUUCAGGAUUAAAGAUAAAUUUUAGCAAAAGUCAUUUGUAUGGGUUUAACACUUCAGAAGGGUGGUUAAGAGGAGCAGCUGAAAUCUUGCAUUGUGGGGUAGGAAGGGUGCCUUUUAUCUACCUUGGUUUGCCGGUUGGAGGGAAUCCGGGGAGGAAAAAGUUUUGGAAUUCUGUGCUGGAUCGUUUUCGUCAUAAGCUCGCCACUUGGAAAAGCCCACUACUGUCCUUUGGAGGCCGGAUUACAUUAAUUAACUCGGGACAGUUUAGGGAAAUGAUUAAUGGGGUAAGAUUAAGGAUGGAGGAAGCAGAUUCUUGGCAAUGGCUUCAUGGUAGAGAUGGUAUCUAUUCUGUAAAGGCAGCUUAUGAUUUUUUAUCACUGAAAGUUUGUGUUCUGGAUGAGAAAUAGUCUCGGUUUAUUUGGAGUAAAUAUGUUCCUUCUAA